UUGCUCAAAGCCUUCACACAUAUAUAAUAUGCAUGUAUAGAAUCAUAUUGUAUUAAGAACUGGGAAGACAUUCAAGUAAGAGAUAAUAUCACAUCAAUGGAAAUUACGCCAAAGGAACCUUCCUGGAAGAGAGAAGAAGAAGAAGAAGAAGAGGCAAAGAUCCAAAUAUACAAAUACGUAUUUGGGUUCGCAGAAGCAGCAGUAAUCAAAUGCGCCAUAGAGCUUAAAAUCCCUGAUGCCAUUGGAAGCCAUGGAAGCCCCAUGACGCUAUCACAGCUCUCCUCUGCUUUAAACUGCUCUCCACCACUUUUAUUCCGCAUCUUGCGCUUCCUCGUCCACCGCGGCAUCUUCAAACAACAAACCACCGCUGAAGGCCCCAUAGCCUAUUCCCAAACGCCAUUGUCCCGCAUGCUCACGACCAUGGCUCCCUUGCUUCUGCUAGAGAACAGCCCCACAAUGGUCGCACCAUGGCAUAAUCUAAGUGCUAAGGUCAAGGCCGAUGCGGCGGGUCAUAGUAAUCUAUUUGAAGCAGCUCAUGGUAAGGACAUUUGGAGCUAUGCUGCAGCAAAUCCAGCAUUCAACGUGCUGUUUAAUGAGGGAUUGGGUUGUAAUGCUAGAGUGGUUACUUUGCCUGCAAUACUUGGAAGUUGUAGAGAUAUGUUUAAUGGGGUUGGGAGUUUGGUGGAUGUGGGAGGAGGUAAUGGGACUACUUUGAGCGUUUUGGUAAAGGCUUGCCCAUGGAUGAAAGGUAUUAACUUUGAUCUUCCAAAUGUUGUGAACACUUCACAAGAAUACGAGGGUGUGCAACAUGUUGGUGGCAGUAUGUUUGAUUAUGUCCCCAAGGCUGAUGCUGCUUUCUUCAUGUGGAUUCUACAUGCUUGGGAUGAUGAAGAGUGCAUCAAAAUUUUGAAGAACUGCAAGGAAGCUAUUCCAGAAAAUACAGGAAAAGUGAUGAUUGUAGAUACAGUGAUUGAUGAAAAAGAGGAAAAUAAGUUGCUUAUGGAUAUAAGGUUAACUUUAGAUAUCAUGUUGAUGACUCGUUUUCGAAAGGGAAGAGAAAGAACAGGUGAAGAAUGGGCAAACCUACUUAAGAAGGCUGGUUUUAGUCGAUGCAUAAUUACACCCAUUGUUGGAGUUGUUCCAUCAAUCAUUCAAGCUUUUAUUUCAUAAACAACAAAAUGGGAUUUUAGUACUUUUGGGCUAUGGCUUCUUUCAUGUACUUUGGUUUCUAAAAUAAAUGGGUAUCCUAGGUCGAAGUUUACGUUGA